AUGACUUCCUUGGAAUCCUGGAUGCAGCAGUUGCCGGCAGAGGCAAAAUCCCGUAGCAUCUGCGAGCUGGCACUGCCCGGGGCCCACAACGCAGGGGCGAGUGAGGUGAAGUGCAUCUCGCCUUUGGUCUCCAGUGGAGGCUAUCUUGCUAGCGUGGCCAAGAACAGCGUUGCCAAUGCGCUUGCAAAGCCGCUUGCCGGAGUCAUGGCAGUAUGCCAGGCGGAUGGCAUCGGUCAGCUGCUGCGGAAAGGAGUUCGUUUGCUGGAUUUACGUCUGGGGCUGCAUGACGAACAGCUCUACAUCUGCCACACUGUGGUGUGCAAUCGGACUUUUUGCAGUGUGCUCGAGGAGGUAGCCGAAUUCCUCCGUGAACAGCCGGAGGAGGUCGUGGUUCUCUUGGUGAAGCGUGACUGGGGCGCUAGGGACUACUUCGACACCCAG